GUUCAUGUUGUCCCUGGUGAUCAAACAUCAGUGUGAUGACGUAUCUGUGGUUCCGAACACUGAGAGGAGCAGGCGAAACAAUUUACGCAUCGGAGCCAAAUAUCUAUUCUGACAACCAAGACUCCUCAUCAAAUGUGAUGUUUGUAGUGGCAAUUAUAUAAUUGGGUGAUUGCAAUGGGUAACUGAAGCCUGCCCCAGCGCAGAGACUCGAGUGUGGCACUGAUGGAUGUUGGUACAAUGGUAGAAAGUUAUUUCAAUACCCAAGAGUUCAUUGCUAUUAUCAGGUUGAAAUGUCAGGCCAGGUUGACGAACUGACUAACAAGUCUCAUAACUGGAGAGAAAUCGUGAACGCGUUCACUCAGAAUACCACAGUCCAUGGUGUCCGGUAUCUUUACGACAUCUCCUCUCCAUCCAUAUGUCGAAGGCUCAUAUGGUUGGUGAUCUUCUUCACAUCUGCCGGCUUCUUCGUCAAUCAAGUGGUGAAGAGCGUGAUUCACUUUAAGGAGCGGCCAAUGACGGUCAAGGUGGAGGUGAACUUCAAUGACACGCUCAGGUUCCCUGGAGUGGUCCUCUGCAACCAAAAUGCCUUCAGGGUGACAGAGGCUGAACGCAAUGACUUUAAACCGAUUCUUGACGAAUACUACGGGGCGAACAGCACGAAAGAGAAGCUGGAUGUGUUGAUUAAGUAUGAAAUGGAGGAGCAAAGCAUGAGAGACCUGAUGGUCCUCACCCGGCAUCGCUCUGAUGACAUGAUCGUCAGAUGCCAAUGGAGGAACGAGGAAUGUGGCUUCUGGAACUUCUCCACUAUCAUCACCGACCACGGCGUCUGUUACUCCUUCAACAUGGACGAGGAUAAGGAACCGCUUUACAUGAACGAGUCCGGUCGUUCGACAGCCCUUCAGCUGACCCUGAACAUUGAACAGUACGAGAACAUGAUCGGCCCUCACUUCGCGGCGGGCGUGAAGCUGCUGCUUUGCGACGAGAAGGACAUUGAGAUAUUUCAAGGUCAUGGUCAAGGACUUGCUGCUGGCAAACAUACAUUUAUUGGGACGAAGGUCGUCGUGGUGGAGCGACUGACACCAAACUGCACCAACGAGGCUGCUUUAGACUUCUACCCCUAUUAUUCUGAGAGAGCGUGCUAUGUGGAAUGCUUCUCCAAAUUCUUCAUAAAAAAAGCUGAAUGCCAAGCACCCUACAUGAAGAGUCCUGACACACGAUUCUGCAAUUUUUAUGAGUACACCAUGUUCCACGCUGACCUGAAAGAUCAGUUCCACGACAUCCGGGACAAACUGUGCGAUUGCAAGCUCCCCUGUCAGAGCACCACCUACAAGCCCACCUUUUCCUACCUGAAGGCUUCCGAGUUCGACAUCGAGAAGAUCCUGUCGAAUUCGGGAGAUCUGCAGAAGAAGCACGCCAAAGCGAGAGAUGCCCUUCAGACGACCAAGGCUGAAGACUGGAAGAAGGAUGAGAUUCUCCUGGCACCGUUCAGGAAAUUGAUGGAUAAAACUGAGCUGUUGAUCUUGGAGGAAAUCGGUCAGAUGUUGGCUCGAAACAGGCGCGAGGCUCACGAACUUUUGAGGCAGACGACGGUAAUAUAUGAAACUGUAAAAGACUCCAUUGACUUUCAAAACUUUGUCGUGAAUAAAAACUUCUACCGGUACGUUAUUGCAAAGGACCAGCUCCAUUUUUCAGUCGUAUCGGACCAAUAUUUAGAUUUUCUGGCGCGAUAUUCGAAAAGUAUUGAACUGAUGGCCUCACUCCCUGAAAUCGGACAUGAGACGCGUCGCGCGGCCAUUUUGGAUUCCUUGACCACAGAAUUAAACGCCAAAGCCUUGCAGCUGGAGAGCACAUUCAGGGUCAUCGUUUAUUGUCGAAAUGUCUACAGGAAAGGUCGCCCCCAGUUCUUGGAAUAUCAAUACAAAAACAUGGACGCGCACUCACGUGAUCUCAUCAUCCCACACGCCUUGCUCCGGAAAACCGUCACACAGACAGAUUUUCUGCCCAACCCUGAUUACGCAAUGCCUUAUGUUGUUUCGAAUCUCAAUCAGACAAUCCAUAGUCUGAGAAAGGUAUACAACAGAUUCAAGAGGUUCUUACGAGAGUCCUACAACUCUGGCACUUUGGAUGAUGGGAAAAUGAAGAGCAUUGGCAAUGACUACAUUCAAACUGUCGCCCAUUUCAACAGCAAUCGUAGCAUCAUGAUGAACGACAUUUUCAAGUCUCCAAUCGACAAAAUGGCGGAGCGAGAAGAAAGUAUUUCAAGUUUGUGGCAGACUGUCAAGGAUAGUUUCGGCCAGGUGAUGCAGUACUUGGAUUCUCUUGAUAGCAUAUGGAAACAAACGGUCCGAGAAACUUGGCCAAAUAUUGAAAACUUGAAGAGUAAGACAGAGGAGUACAGCAAGGAGUUCGAGAUUACUGCCAGGCUCAUUGGGAAAAGCGAACUAGCCAAGGCCUUCGUGGACCUGGAUACACAUGAUGCGGUCAAAGCGUUGAUGGAGUUCAACGAUAACAUCAUGAUUGGUUUCCCCAACGUCAUUAGCAGCUGGCGCUCGAUCUACAAACAGUUUGCUGACAAGUUAUUGCGGGAGAAAAUCACCAAGGACAAGUUUCUCAAAAAGUAUCUCCAAGCACAUCACCCUGAGCUGACCUCGAUGAAGAAGUUCCCCAACAGUUCCCUGGCGGCCACAGUGACACGCCUGAAGCAGAAGACGGUCGAGUGGUCCAACUUUUCGGAGAUUAUUCAGGAUACGAUCGAGCCGUUUCAUGAGGCUUUUCUGGCUGUAGUCGCCAAUGUCGAGAUUUAUAUGAAAGAUAAUGAAAUAGGGGCAAAGUUCUACACGGACAACUAUCUUUCGCUGUCAAUCUACUUUGAGGAUCUCAACUACGAGUUGAUCGAGCAACAAGAAGCUUAUACCCUCACAGCUCUACUGAGUGACAUUGGGGGUUCCAUGGGUCUGUUCGUAGGAGGAAGCGUUCUGAGCGUCUUUGAGCUGCUGGACGUAUUCUUAUACAAUGGUCUGGUCCACGCCAAGGCGGGCAAGAAGAGGAGGCGGCAGCAAUCACUACAGCAACAUGAGCAGCUGCAGCAACAGCUGCAACAACAACUGCAGCAGGAAUAACUGUAGCGAGAGCGCCUGCAGCAGGAAUAACUGUGGCGAGAGCGACUGCAGCAGGAAUAACUGUGGCGAGAGCGACUGCAGCAGGAAU